AUAAUUUUGCAUUUCCGGGGGGAGAGAACUGUAUGUAAACAAUACAGUUCUUUCCCCUGUCGGCUCCAGCACACUGCUUUGCAUGGCUCUGCAUAGCACAGCCAUACAAAGCAGUGUGCUUACAAUGGAAAGCACAGACACAGCCCCAUAGUAAAACACACACAGCACACAGUUAAUCCUUUGAUCAUCCCAGAUGUUAACCCCUUCCUGUCCAGUGCCAUUAGUACAUUGUCAGUUCUUUUUAUUAGCACUGAUCACUAUGUUGGUGUCUCUGGGGAUGUCAGUGACACCAAGUCAGUUCCCCCCAGUGUCAGACUGCUCACCUCAUAUCGCAGUCCCGAUAUAA